CUUUGCAAAGAAAAACCGCAACUUGUGAAAUCUCUCUCUCUCUCAGACUCUCUCGAUGGCCACCUCGCUUCUCUCCCCACUUUCAGCUCCACCCUCCUCCACCGUCGAGGAAUCUCGAGUAUUUGGGCAAGUGGGUACCUCUUUCGGGCUCCAAAAGUCCCCUUUCCUCCACGGCACGAAGCUCUUCUCUGCUUCUAUCGCUCCCCCUAGAAACAGCACAGCUCGAAGGUGCUUCAGGUCCCCGCUUGCCAAGUCCUUGGACCACAUUCCCAAGCAGUUCAGGGAAGAAAAUAUCAAAGAUGGAUUGAUGAACAAUUUCAAGAAUGCACCCCAAUAUCUUUAUGGCCUUAAUGCUUCACAAAUGGACAUGUUCAUGACAGAAGAUAAUCCCGUCCGAAGGCAGUCUGAAAGAGUUACAGAGGAAAGCAUCUCGUCUGCCCAGAAUUAUUUGGACCAUGGAGGGAUGUGGAGUCUAUCGGGCAUGGGUGAAAAGAGUCCUUCAAAAUAUAGUAUGAGUGUAAGUAUGUAUCGUGGAGGAGCCAGAGGAUAUGGAAGACCUAGAACUGCUCCUCCUGAUUUGCCUUCGUUGCUCUUAGAUGCUCGGAUAUGCUAUCUGGGCAUGCCGAUCGUACCAGCAGUAACUGAGCUCCUUAUUGCACAGUUUAUGUGGUUGGAUUAUGAUAACCCUUCAAAGCCUAUCUAUUUGUACAUAAAUUCACCUGGAACGCAGAAUGAGAAGAUGGAGACUGUUGGAUCGGAAACUGAGGCAUAUGCCAUUGCUGACAUGAUGGCUUAUGUCAAAUCAGAAGUCUAUACUGUAAACUGCGGCAUGGCAUAUGGUCAAGCAGCGAUGCUUCUAUCACUUGGAGCAAAGGGUUAUCGUGCUGUACAGCCAAAUUGCUCCACGAAAUUAUAUCUGCCGAAAGUCAACAGAUCAAGUGGUGCUGUAAUAGAUAUGUGGAUUAAGGCCAAAGAGCUGGAUGCAAAUACCGAGUACUACAUUGAGCUAUUAGCAAAAGGAAUUGGGAAACCCAAGGAAGAAAUUGCUAAAGACAUCCAACGACCUAAAUAUUUCCAAGCACUGGAAGCCAUAGAUUACGGCAUUGCGGACAAGAUAAUCGACUCAAGAGAUGCUGCCUUUGAGAAGAGGAAUUAUGAUGACAUGCUUGCUCAAUCAAAAGCUAUGAGAAGAGGAGGAGGAGCUAGUCCCCAAGCAGCUCCCUCCGGAUUUAGGUAAAUUAAAGAGCAGUGUAGCAACCAUAAACAUAGAGAAGGAAAAGUUGAUGGGGUUAUCCAAAGCGUUGGGGCUUCAGCUGAACCCCUACUUAAUGGUACCACCACAAGGCACUACUUCUUCAGUACUCUUUUCUAAGUGCUCUAUACGUGGGUAUCUUUGAGAAUCUAUAAUGUUUAAUCACUUUCCUGACCAAAAACAUAUGAAGAAUAUUAAGUUUUGGCUUCUUCUUUUCUUUUUUUGUAUAUAUGCUACCUGUUUUUAGUUGCAUUUGCAGUUAGCCAGUUACUACA